AUCGAGACAGCAGCGCUCGUUCCCUGUCACGAACCGCUGUGAAAAACAACAGGCGUUGCAAUAUUAAAAUGAACUUCUUCGCUACUAAAGUAGUACAUCGUAUAUCCUUCGCAUUCUUUCUCGCUUCAUGCUUUUUCUGCUAUGUGGAAUGCAACAGCCAAGGCAAACCUGGAACUGGGGACCUGGCAAAAGGACGUGGCGAGAACAAUUUUCUAAUGGUACUGAACACUACUGAACCCCUCUACUUGUACUGCUGGAGUGUGAACGGCUCCGAGGAGUGUAAUCGGACGGUAGAGAGCUGCAUUGUCGACACGGGAGCCUGCGAACACAUAAGGAAAACUGCUCUAACAACUAUGCAAUACAAUUUCACGAACUCAUUCCUAACUUCGGAUCACAAAUGGACAAACGAAUCUUAUAUGGGCAAUUUCGUGACCAGUGCUGAACCUCCUACUGAAAUGAACGUGACUAAUAUUACAGCUGGUUCCACAGGCAACUGGGACGUGCAGUUGCGCUAUAAUCAACCAGAUACAUACAACUGCAGCGUUGUUACUAUCAAAGAUAGGACUUCAAAUGCUCCGAUGAUGUGUGCGAUGUAUAUUCGCGGAGACCUUCCUAACGGCACAUAUCCUCCAGUAUCCUGUCAGGAAGACUACGAUACCCAUUGCCCCUCAGCAAUCAUCUACAAGUCAUACAUGUGGAAUUGCAGUUCUUACCAAGGACAAUAACCUAAGGACACAACAAAGGCUGAAAAUCAAUAGUUUCAAAUAUUUUUUUUUCUAAGACGGGAAGAGGCUCUCCAAGGGAAAAAAUAAAGUGCUGAAGACUUUGUAAGCUGGGGAAAUGAUUUAGAAGUAGCAUACUUUCAAAUAAAUCGUGUUA